AUGCGUGUGAACGAUUGUGCUUCCCCAGCCCAGCAUGCCCAUCAUUCAACUUUCUUGAUCCGAGGGGAUUUGGUUGAGUUACGCUCAAACAAGGAAGUAUCAUCCAAGUCAUCAGCUCAACUCAUUUUAAUUUCUACUUCUUCCACUCCCACCUUAUCUUCUCUUCCUCCCAUUCUCAACUGUUGCCCCAUUCAAGUACAACUGCCACCUACGAACGAUUGUCCUGCUUCAACUCAUCAUGUCAAUCCUACACUUGUCUUGAUCCGAUUGUCUUUGGCUGAAUGGCAACUCCAUGGCGUGUACACAGCCUUCUUGUCACUCUAUUACAACACACGCGUCUCUUGA